AUGGCAUCUCCAAGUGUUUUUAUCAGUGUCUUAAUCUCCUUGGUAUCAGUCUUCCUCCAACCAGGUCUCGCUCAAGGUCAGAGUCCUCCAGCUUCUUGUGCUUCUCUACUGCUAGCUCUGGCUCCAUGUGGUCCAUUCGUUCAGGGCUUUGUCCAGUUCCCGGCUCAGCCAUGCUGCAGCAGCCUGAGCCAGAUCUACAGCCAACAACCGACCUGCCUCUGUCUCUUCCUCAACAACAAUUCCACUUUAUCAUCUGCUUUUCCCAUCAAUCAAACCCUCGCGCUGCAAUUGCCUCAGCUUUGUAGCAUUCCAGCCAACUCAUCAGUUUGCUCCUCAGAUUCCCCUGUUUCUCCAGCACCUGCUAACUCAACCGGUUCUCACGUACCUAUGGGUGCAAAGAACAAUUCUGCUCCUACAGCAACCCCAGUGGCUCAAGUGGCACCAAAACCAAGCAAUAUGAUGGGAUUAAGUGAUGGUCUUAGAUCAUCUGGUCCGAAGUUUAAGAUUCAGGUGCCAAUCUUUGUGAUCGCAGCAAUUCUAGCCGGAACACUCUUCCUCGUCUAA